UCAACGUUAGCGCGCAGGGCACAAUGUAGAAAACGAACCGCGCUUCUGCAGUUCACUUUAAUAAGUGUUAAUUGCAAAAUUGUUAAGGCAGGGCUUUAAAAGCAAUUAACUGGCGUGCUGACAGCAGGGUAUAUAACAGUAGCGUUGCAGUUUUAUUAAAAUAAUACAACGAUUCAUUAACGUUCAUAGAGUGCACUAGUUAUUCUGCAGGGAAAGGCUGAAAAAACACCCUCGGCUCUAUGAACUUUAGAGAAGUAUUCUGCUAGUGUGUGGGGAAAGAAAGCACGUUUAAAGCCCAUUAAACAGCUGAAUUCGGAGUAUCAUUUUCCUUAGGCAAAGUUCUGCAUGUGCUGACAAACCCUUACAGUACUGAAGUUCUGCAAAAUUCGAGUUUUCCGCAGUCGUUGCAUGCACUAUUCAUCAUUCAGCCGUUGAACAAAGACAACAUAGUUAUUCCACACGAUAUCUAUCCAGUCUUGUUCAAAGAGCGAGGAGAGGGAUCAACAUGCCGUUCCUGGGAGCUGCUUUAAGUUUCCUCAUGAUGAUGCUGCUGCCGGGGACCGAGGCAUCCGGGGGUACGUGGUGCUAUGCUACCCAGGAUGCAACAUGUGCUCCUGCACGCUGGAAAGUCUUGGCUCCUCAGUGUGGAGGUGUAAAUCAGUCUCCCAUCAAUGUUGACCGCAAGACAGCUAGAAGGAGCAAUGAGUUGGAUGCAUUUGUUUUCAAGGGUUACAACACUGCCCCAGCAGGGGCCUGGUCAAUUGUAAACAGUGGACAUGCAGUGCAGGUGAACCUUGGAUCCGGCAUCUCUGUGAGCGGGGCAGGCCUGCCUGCAGAGUACAAUGCUUUACAGUUUCACUUCCACUGGGGCAAGCCUGAUGGGAAUGGGUCAGAACACCAGCUGGAUGGAAAUUGGUAUCCAAUGGAGGUCCAUAUUGUCCACAUGCAUUCCAAAUAUACUGAUAUAAAAGUUGCUGUGACAGAUCCCAAUGGGUUAGCAGUGUUAGGCUUCUUCUUCAAGGUGUCCGACACGGAUAACUCAAACUACAACACAAUUAUUGAUGGAUUGCAGAGUGUUCGUUACAGUGGUGGUUCAGUGGAUUUGGCCUCUACGUUCCGUCUGGACAGUCUGCUUCCUUCAGAAAACCUCCUGAGCAGAUAUUACCGGUACUGGGGCUCUCUCACCACCCCAGGCUGCGCCGAGGCGGUUAUCUGGACUGUGUUUGAAGAUCCCAUCCCCAUUAGCAGUGCCCAGUUAAAUGCCUUUGUGAACUCUGUGCAUUUCUCGGCCAGUGGGAAGACUGAAGUGAAAAUGCAAGACAACUACCGCCCUGUUCAGGCUUUGAACAGUCGUAGGAUUUAUGCUUCAAAGCAGGCUAGCAUGAGCAGCAGCACUAGUCCUGCCCUUUCUAGUGUCCUUUUGUUCCCUUUACUGGCCAUCAGGCUGCUGUAAAUGCUAUCUUGUUCACAAGCCAGUAUGUGAAUACUGUUUAUGAAGGUCAGUAAAUGCUGAACUUUUGGAAGAAGGAUCCAAUAGUUUUACAUUUUACAAGUUUUAUAGCAUAAUUGUCUUUUUAAAUGUAUGUAUAAUUAAGAUAUUGGGAAUAUACAUAACUGUACAUAAGUCUUGAAUUGGUAAUGGAAAGUAUAAUGUAGAUGUUUCUAAAUUUAUGUAAUUCUCACAAUGCACUGUCUGCAAGUAAAAAGUAAUGUGUGUUUUGUACUGUUAAUAUUGUCAUGCUCAAAAAGUCAAAUUGAAAUGGUCUUUGUAAAGUGAUCUUUUAAGGGAAAGAUUGGUUCAUGUCCUGACAGGGUUGAGAGAUUUUGGGUUUUAUCAUCUUGACCAGAUGGUGAAGUGUAACACUGCCCUCGUGGUAUACUGGUUUGCAUAUCUAGUUCAGAACUGGAUAUUGGGCAGCAGAAGUUAUUUUGGGCACAGUAAAGCCUGCAGCUCUGUUAACAUUAGGUAAGUUAAAUAUCUUGCUAUUGGAAUGCCUUUAUAAAGGUGGAGUUUUUAUAUACUGUUCCUGAAAAGAGUUGCUUUUUCAAGGGCAUGUAAACCCUAUAACAUGGAAAUGAAUCAAUGGGUGGUUUUUAUAUGGCGUGAGGGGAAAACCUGAAUGAUUUUUACUGUAAUCUGGGGGAAGGGAAUAUUCCUGGAAUUUCAGAAGAGAAUUGGCGUAGACAGAUUCCUGUGCCAAUUACAGGAACUGCACUAAGACUUGGAAGUGUUCUGCCCUGUUCAUUCCAGUAAGAUCACAUGGCAUUGGAGGAAACUUACUCGGACUCCCAAUGAAUCCAGUUAAGUGAUGUUGCUCUUUUCAAAUGACUGGUUUAAAUGCCAUGGUAACUAUACUGUGUGGGUGCCAACCAACCUGAGAGACCUGUAUGAGUGGAAGAUUAUUGGAGAAGGUGGAGGCACUAACAUCUUCAUCACUGCCACCUGGUUAUGUCAAAUCUGAAACGGUAAAACUGGUCAACACCCCAGAUAGUCCUACCCUAGUGUCAUGUAAGAGCUACUGUUUGAACAGAUCAGUGAGUGGGGAUUCUAUGCAUCUUGGUGUGUGGAAGUGAGAUCUUAAUGUAAAACUGGACUGUUACAGGCUUUCUGAGAGGAAGAUUCAACAACAGUAAGCAAUGGAAUGAUACACAAUAAGCAGACACCAAUUUAUAUUGACUGAUAGUGGAAACUGCAGCUUUAAGGGUUAGGUAGCCCUUCCUUUUUCAUUGCAGUUGACAGUUUGUGGCUAUUUCCUGAUAGGGUUGAGAUUUAGAGUUGCACUUGGUGCUUGUAGAUGUGUCUGCCCAGUUUAGUGGAAUCUGUUUUGAAUGCAGUUUGGCUAGUAAUGCAUUGUUGAAAUUAAUUCUCUGAUGCAAGGGGAGAGAGGGGAGAUGUCCUGUUGCAUAAGUUUGUUAUCAAACAAAGAUGUUUUGUUAGAGUUUCUACUGCUGGGUGUGGUGUGUGUUCUUUUUCUUGCCACGCUUUGUCUCUGUUAGAGUAGGUCAAUCCACGUGGUUCUAGCUGUGAAAUGUAUAGUGAGUAUUCAUCUUUCUAUUUUAGAUUGAAUAUUGGGGGCAACCAACAAAACCCUGCUGUUUUUAGAAUGACUUGAAAAUAAAGGA